AUGGAUUCUUCAUCACAUAUUCAAAUUGUUCUAUCAAAAAUAAAUGAAUUUCAUCGAUUAACAAUAAGUGAUUCAGAUAUUAAAAUAAAAAAUGCUAUACAAGAAAUCCUUCAUCUAUGGCCUGAAGUACUUACUGCCGUUGAUAAAGCUACUGAUGAUGAAUUAUUUACUUUAAAUAUUAGUCGAGCUGUCUUAACUCAAGUAUUUACAAUUGUUUUAUCAAAAGAUUUUUUUAAUAAAGAUCAUUUAUUAGUACGUGAAAUUUUUUUUACUUGUUUUAAUAUACUUGUUAAUCAUGUAUAUAUAUUUAAAAAUACGAAUUCAACACCUAGAAACAUAUUUAUUGAUUCUAAUGUACGUCUUUUAAUGAAAAUGUUAACAAGUAUAACAUCAUUAGUAAAAUUUCAGAAUGAAGAUUUUUCUAAAAUUAAUGAUUAUCAAUUAUUUAUUGCUAUACGUGAACAUAUUGAUCAAGAUUUUAAACAUGAUAAUUUAACUGAUGGAAUUAUAUCAUUUAUAUGGAAUUUAUCUGAUCGAACAAUUUUAGUACCAUUAUUUAUAAAUACUGGCUAUGUAAAUAGUAUUAUUCAAUGGAUAAAAACUCGUGAAAUUAAAUUUCGUGAUGAUAAAUUAAAUGCACCAAUACAUAUUUUACAUAAUUUAUCACGACAUGAUGAUGGUAUUAAUCAAUUAAAUAUAUAUAAUGCACUUAAAAUAAUUGAUGAUAUUAAAACUGAAACAAAUAAAUAUGAUAAUCCUGAUGAUUUAACAAUACAUAUAGCUAUGAUUCGUGCACUUCUAACUAAUAUAAAUCAAAUUAAAAAUGAUUCAAAAAAAUAUUCAAAUAAAAUUCUUAAUAUGAUUAUAAAAUUAUGUAUAGAUGCUGCAAAAAAUGAACGAUAUCGUUAUAAUGGUUCUCAUAUAUCUGAACCAUUGACAGUACUUGUAAAAUUAUUUUAUAAUGAUGAUAUAUUACAUAAUACAUUUUAUAAUAAUGAAACAAAAUCAUCAUCAUCAAAUAUUCAAUUAUUAAUAGAACUUUUAAUAUCAUUACUUACUAAAUUUUAUUCAAAGAUAAAUCUUGAUAAUGACAUUUUAGAAAAUUAUACUUGUGUUGUUAUAUUAAAUCUAUUUUGGCUUAUUUCAAAUCAUGAAAAAUAUCGUCAGAUUAUUCAAAACAAUGAACAAUUGAUGAAUAUUAUAAAACGUGCUGUAAAUGAUGAAGAAAUUUUUAUAGAUACCUUUAUGCCACGAACAAUGAAAAGUAUAAAACAAUCAGCAAAUGAUAUUCUAAAAAAUUUUGAUAGCUAA